AUGUCUUUUCUCCUAAAAAGAGCCCUCCAAGUAUCCCGGGCCCCGGUGCGUUUUUACGCCUCCAAGACGUUAUCCCCGCUUGAAAAGUACCAAGCCAAGCUUGAGAAAAAAGCCCGCGAAUUGGGCGUGGCUAGUGUGGAAGAUUUGAAAGCAAAACUCAAAGACGAGAUCGAACAAAAGAAGAAAGAGCUCAAUGCCGUGGACCCGCUCAAAGAACUCGAGGAAUACGAGAAGGCCCAGGCAGCAAAAGUGCAAAAGAAAGCCUCCAACAAGGUCCGUGGCGCCAUCGACAAGGCCACACCAAAGGCUCCAUACAAGACGCUUUCAUCUUUUCUCGAUGUCGACAAGGUGAAAGAGUUGCCCGAAAAAGAGGUGGAUUUCUUGUGGCGUGCCCGGUUCCAGCAAAAGGAAAGAGCGUUACAUGCGACGUUGAACGCCACGCAGUUUGCCAACAUCUUCGCCAACGCUUUCAAGAACCCAAACUUCAUUUUACCUUUACCCAAAGAUGGCGAAGGUUACGAAAUGCACUUUGUCCAGUGGGCAUUUGUGGGUCCCCAUACAACCCACUGCAUGUUGACUUCUUUGGCGGAGUACAAACUUCACAAGGAAUAUGCGAAGCCGCAUACAACACUCAUGUUCCAUCAGGAAUUGGUGGACGAAGUCGGGAAAGUCUUGAUGAACGGACAAGUGGAGGAGGAUGUUCCUCUUUCCAUGGAUGAAGCACAGCUUUUGGUACUUAAUGUGCAGAGAUUCUACGGCGGCUUGACUGAAUCCGAAGGUUCGAAAAGAAAGUUGGAGUUGUUGAAAGAGUUCACCGCAGGAAACCCUGAUUUCAACAUGGAGAGACUUAUUGAAGAAGCAGCAUCCUUUGAUUGA